ACGUGGUCUUUAUUUAUGUAAUGUAAUGGUGUUACACAGUAACCCAGCUUUGUGGCCGUGGAGACGUCGCUAGAGGGGUUAAAAGCGGCCACGGACUACUAAAAAGAGAGAAUACUAAUGUGCAGAUAUUCCUGUGCGAUCGUGCUGCCUACAUGGAGUUUGGAGCCGCGAGGAAAGUGUCGCACUGAACUGGAGGCUGAGUUUUUUUUGUUAUUUAACCUGCCUUAUAAAGAGAGAAGACGUUAUGUGUACCACACCAGAAACUAAGUUAGAUAUAGAAAUGGACAAUGUCCAUGGAUGCAUUUAAUACGAUAAGGACAUUUGUGUGGUGAGCGUUUAAGAGCUCAAAUUAGCCGUAGCUUAGCUUGAUAGAAACCGGUCGGGUUCGAGCAGAUGUGAUCAAAGAAGGGACACGUUUCGGGAAUCGGUAUAGCUGUCAGUGUGUUAUUUAAACGGCCCAUGCCGUACUUAAAAGAGAGGCUUCUCCGCCCGCACUGCUUUGACGAAAGAAGCCCCAAUUCGUCCCGUCGUAGGACGUUCUUCUGGUGACAUAACUCAUCCACCAUGGACAUGCUGGAGUGUCCGCUCUGUCUCUUCCUGAUGUGCGAGCCGGUGACCAUGUCGUGCGGUCACACGUUCUGCCGGAGAUGCGUCGGGGGUUUCCUCCCGUCCAAAUGCCCGGCGUGCAAGGAGAGGUUAAAACAACGAGACGUGAAAAGCAUGAAGAACAAUGUCCUGCUCAUCAGUGUUGUUGAAAAGUGCUGCCCCGACGAGACGAAGAUGAAGUGCCAUAUACAGGAGAAACUCAAGGCCAACGAGUUCACAGAAGCUUUACGCAUCGCGAAUGAGGGGCUAAACUUGGUCCCAGACGAUCAGAGUUUAAAGGUGUACAGAGCUGAAGCAAACUGGGGACUGAUGUGUUUCUCCGAUGCUCUGACAGACCUCGACUACCUCUGCUGCCUUCGUCCUAACUGGACUGAGGGCUUCUUUCGUAAAGGCAAUGUGCUGCUAGAAAUGGGUCAGCAGGCAGAGGCCCUCGUCCAGUUCCAUCGUUGCCUAAAUCUCCAAGCUGACUUUGCUCCUGCAAAGUGCCAGAUCAAGAAGAUCCUGGAGGCAGAGGGCAUGGCCGUGCCAGAUGACGUGCCCUGCAUCCUGCAAGUUGUGUCAGAGUACCUGAAAGAGCCUUGCCCGAUCACCAGCCUCAGUGGCUCCCAGGGGCUGACUCACCCUGAGGGCCUCAGACAUCCACAUGGGAAUGAUGGAGAGGGAAAAGGGAAGAGAGAGGUGCACCAGGGCUCUAGGGUGAAGCACGACUCGGGAACUGAGUGCUGCCUUAGCCUCUGCCAAGCUGUCUCCUUCCUCCCUGCUGCUGAGGAGGAUGAGGAGAUGAUGAUGAGGAAGGAGGAUGAGCAUGGCAGAGGUGAGAGUAGUCACCGCAGAGAGAGAACUCUGGCUGUCCUCACUGUGUCAGACUUUGAAUGCCCUCUCUGCAUUAGGUUGUUUUUUGAGCCUGUCACUACUCCCUGUGGUCACACCUUCUGUAAAAAGUGCAUAGAGCGGAGUCUGGACCACAACCUCCGCUGUCCACUCUGCAAACAGCCACUACAAGAGUAUUUUAAAAACAGGAAAUACAACCCAACAGCUAUGCUUCAGGAAAUCACGACCCUCUUGUUCCCCUCCCAGUUGGCUGAGAGGAAACAGGUCCAUGAUGCUGAGAUGGCUGAACUGUCCAAUCUUACGAAGGACAUCCCUAUAUUUGUUUGCACGGUGGCCUAUCCUGGAGUGGCCUGCCCUCUGCACAUCUUCGAGCCCCGGUAUCGGCUGAUGAUGCGCCGCUGCAUGGAGACAGGAACAAAGAAGUUUGGCAUGUGCAGUUAUGAACAUGGAAAGGGGUUUGCAGACUACGGCUGCAUGUUAGAGAUCCUCUCUCUGGAGCUGCUUGCCGACGGGCGAUCCUAUGUGGAAACAGUGGGUGGCAGCAGAUUCAGGGUGCUCAAGAGAGGUCUACGGGAUGGUUACCACACAGCUGACAUUGAGUACCUGGAGGACCUAAAGGUUGAUGGAAGUGAGUUUGAGCUUUUGCAGCGUCUACAUGACAGUGUCUACGAGCAGGCACAGGACUGGUACCAGCGUCUGGGAAGCCGAAUUCGCGAACAGAUCAACAGGCAGUACGGCUCCAUGCCAGAUAAGGAGGAGAACAUUCAGGCCUCAUCGAAUGGUCCCGCCUGGUGCUGGUGGCUGCUGUCUGUCCUCCAGCUGGACCCUGCUUAUCAAACCACAGUCCUGUCCCUUUCCUCACUCAAAGACCGCCUUGGACACCUCCGCCUCGUCCUUGAGUACUUCUCUCAGAGCUAGACACCACCGCUGUUGCCACGCCUUGCUGAGCGUGAAUAACGUGCACAUACACUUACGGAACGGAGUGAAAUCAACAAAUGCUCUUGCACCACAGAGAGGUUUGGUUUUAGACUCUAAAUCAUAAAGGGAUGGUCUAAAAAGCCACAGCUGAGGGUCAUACCGUCAGGUCUAGAGCAGAAAGAUAGUGAUUUGGGUUUUUGCUUCAGGAGUUUGCAUAUCUUUCUUAUGCCACUUUCUUCCCCAGUUGGUAACGUUACAGAAUAAAAGUUUUUCUUGCUGAAAGUAAGAAAUGCAUGGUUGACCAAAGAUUCUGCGCAAGAUCCAUCAAAACUGGUUAACUACUAAGUGUGGAAAAGCCAAGUAAGUUCUUCCCCAAAUCAUGUUUCUAAACAGACACUAGGUGUCACUGUUUUACUCCAAAUUUAAAUAUGAGGCACAUGCAACAGCAUCAGCCAAGCUAAAACAGUCUACUUACCUGUUCUUUGUUGCCUAUUUAGCGUUAAAAUAGCUUUGUUUGGAGUGCGAAUAAACUUAAACAGCACAUAGAAUUACAAGGGUUUGAUCAGGACUAUGCAUAUGAAUUAUUUGGAUUUUGUUGAAGGGCAAUACUUACAUUUUAGUUGCAUCUAUUGGCCUAAGCAGCCAUCAACCAUGGUUCCUUUUAUACUAUUGAACAAUCCCAAAAGAUCCCUGUUUAAAGUUAAGCAAAUAUUGCAAUAAUAAUUUAUAUUGUAUUCAGAACGGCAGCAGUAUCUUUUUUUAUGAAUGAAAGCUGCUGAAGUGGCUGCUGCUUUUUGAUGCUGUUUGUUCUUUCUGGCGGAGGAAGUCUGUGAAAUGCUGACGGUGAGGGGAUGGAGGUCAGUGAAAAGGCGUUCCUGCUAGGGCGGCACCCCAUUCUGAAUUUUGAUAAUUCAGUGGAAUUUGGCUGGUCAAUAUGAAGCUUUUAUACUUAACUUGUGACCUGUGGAGCAGUUUCUUUGUCUUUUUCAAGUCACAACUAAAUUGUUGGAUCACUUAAUAUAUAAAUCUACUUCUAAUCUCUAAUAAUCCAAAGUCAGACACAGAUUUGCUCCAUAGUCCAUGUUGACCUGCCGGAGAGUGUUUGAGAGACAGAUUUAAAUGUGAAAAUUCUUCUUUUGCUGGUUUACAUAGCUUCACUUAUUUUAAUUUAGGGAGGAGGGAACCUCUGCGGAUAAUUUGCCACUUUGUAAAAACUUGGGAAUGAUGAGCUCACAGCCUGUUCUGCUGAUGCUCCAGCGUUUCUUUCAGUAAAUUGACCCAAUGAAAAAAUAAAACAAGAUAAAAUGAAAUAAACUGCAGAGUCCACUGACAAAAUGCAAGUCAAUUCGGAGUCUACAUGACUUGCAAUGAGAACACUUCAAUCUUAGGGUGUGGCCCUAGUACCAGCUUUGUAUUACACUAUGAGCCUGUGUGAAUAUGUGUGUUGAUGGUUUAGUAUGGAGGCAGCACUGUUUUGUGUGUCAGCUGUAAAUAUGGAGUCAUCUUUGUCAGUCCCAUCUCCAUUAGCUGAUUGUUUGGUAUUAUUUGUAAAAGAUAUUAGGUGUGGUGUGAGCACUGUGGUUUUAAAUGAAGCAGCAGUCCCAGGACAUAGUGUUAACAUCUCUUUCUGCAGGGAGCGCUAUAAAACAAUAAAGCUAGGGGUCUGACGAGGGCCGAGUCCCCCUGCGGUGCUUCUGUGUAGGCCACAUCACCUACAUCUGGCGCCCACUGUGCCUCCCUCUCUGUCUGCCCCUCUAACACCAGUCACGGUGCCUUCGAGUGCCUGGGCCAGCUCUUAAGGAGACACGCAAGUCUUAGUGUCUGUACACCACAUAGAGGAAGAAGUGUGUGAUCUGUGUUUUUUUGCCAUUGAUUUUUAUUGAUAUAGUGCUACAUUCCAUGGAAUGUUAAAGGUUGAAAAUGCAAUGCUACAUAUAGUUAAUUUACUAACAGAUACGGGCUAAACUGGGUGAAACAAAGAGCUCAAGUUUGUUUUUUUAAACUUUGAUAUAUGUGCCAUAGAUAUUUCCAUGUUCUGUGUUUUAUGGGGAUAGUAAGCUAGAUAGUCACUUCAAGUUUGUUCUUAUUAUGGAUGCUGAAUUAAGUCUUCAUGCCUUUUUAUAUGGUUGAUGUUAAACUACCAUCUGUUCAUGGCCAACAUAUCACUUUAAACAGAAAUAGUGGAGCUAACUCAUACAGACUCGGUUUGUUAGAUACAGGACAGUAGCUGAUACAGCCUAGAAUAAAAGGAGAAAUCAUGAACUUCAACACGCACAAAAAGGUCCCACUAAAGGAAAAACCAGCAGAAAGAAUGAUGGAUCCUGGGACAACAGUCGUUACCUGAUGAACAGGAUUUUCACUGAACUCUUACUUGGGAACUUACACUUUACUUAAGGGCAAGUAACACUGUUUUUACCUGUUUAUAUGAUGAAGUUUUUGGAGCCAUCUGAAAAUGGGAUUGGAGUCAAAGACUUUAAGGUGCCAGUUAUCACAAUAGUCCCCAAAGCUAGUGGUGUGGGUUUCACUGAUUUCAGAUGUAUAAUAGGGGUCAGUUUCUUGCUACCAGACACAAUCAAAGCUCACUGGAAAUAAAAAGGGAUCUAGAUUCUUGUAUGAUUUUUGAAUGAUCAGCCUCUGGACAAAUGCAUGAAUACAAGCCUGCAGCAAUUGAGGUGAACCUCACUCCUCUGUCCUUAUCUGAGAAGACCACCAUCUUUGCAAAUCAUUUUGUUAUGCCUGGCUGCCAUUUGUCACUUAUUUCUCUCAGUUUUAAACCACACAUACUUCCCUUUGUCAAUCUCACCACUAAUGGAUGCAACACAUUAUUUAAUAAUCUGAUGAAAUCUCAUUGGUUUACUCCCGUCAUAAGAACUAAAUCUCUGCACUAGUGCAUGAUUAAUUAAUGUUUAACUUCCCUCUUAUAUCUCAGAAGGGUCAACUUUGGUGCUGUCUUCUAUUGUAGACUGCAACACUCACCCAGAUGUCCAUCAGCCGUACUUUCCAAAUAAUUUGGCUUUCAAACAAACAUACAAUUUUCACUGACUCCACAUUGUCUCCAACACAGAAAACAGAGCAUGACAAGCAACACAUUUUUGGCAGCGAUCCCCUGAGAAAACAAGUCUAACACUUGUGUACUGGGGGAAAGGCUGUGAAAAGCGUGUUUUUGCAGCUUGCAAGAAAUAUUGGCUGAUGUGGUCUGAUGGUCAGUGGUCUGUGGGAUGCAAAAAGUACAUGCAUUCUUGUUUUCUACACUCUGUGCUCAGAUACCUCGACGUUAGGCACAAGUACCUUUAAACCCGCAGACACUGCAGCAGUUUCUCCAUGGUUCAUUUGUAUUCAUUCCUGCAUCUCUAAGCCAAGAGCAGUGAAUUAUCUUGAUCUGAUUAUUGUUUCUUUGCUUGCCCCCUGGAUGACUUUUUCAAUGUUAUUAUAAAUAAAGCUGUUCAAGGCAAACUCUGCAUUA